AUGGAACAUAACGCACACGUGCUCGACAUGUGGCGCAAGCACCUGCUAGGUCCGAGACUCCAGGAGCUUUAUAGCGGGAAGCCACCCGAGGAGCGUAAACGGAUCCACGCAUCGCGCAUCAGAUCCAUACUGGAGAGAUUACUUGGCGUAGCAUCCCUUGAAAUGGCCAAGAAGGGCUACGAACUUCUCAUGCAAGAGGCAAAUUUUCCUCUAAACAGUCCCCACCCAACAGUUACCGCCAUGAUGGCCUUGGUCGUUGCAAAAGCGGGCGACCCGGCGCACUUGACAUCAAGAAGAAAGUUCACUCACGCGGUCUAUGCAGCUCUGGAUUAUGAGGGCGGGAAGAAUAUACGUCAGUGGUAUGGAGAUGGCCAAUGGUGGGAUUACAUCGAUCAGGAGCCUGAGAGUGAGCCGGAGGCCAUGUUCUCAGCGAGCUCUGCUAGUCCGACGUUUUUACAACCGUUUCAGCUUGCACCGAUCAUGAAGAGGACGAGCCCUACACCCGAACCCCCUUUACCGGACGGACACGACGCCUUCAGCCACUCUCUUCAGUGGCAGGCAGAUCGCGCCCCCUUCAAGAAGAGCGCCCAGCCCCAUAACGCACGGACGUCACCCCGGGACGCGCUAGUCAUGGCGGGCGAUAUGAAGUCCAACGAUCCAGACGAAGAGGAUUGGUGCGUCGGUGGCUACCUGGAGAAAGGCACGGGCAAGGACGACGCCAUUCCCGUCCGCGACGACGACGAAGAGCAACAUCUACAAGAGCUUGUGCCGAAAAAACAGCCCUUCAAGGGCAAACCGAAGAUGAAACCGAAGUUCGUGGCGACGACGCUCACGGAGAGGGCACGCAACCCCGCUACGUGGUACGUUCGGGGCCUGAGAUACACGCCAAGCCGCCCGGCAGAACAGGUCUACGACCAUCUCGAACCCGGCCAGCAACUAGACCUGUUUAGUCUCUUUCAGUUAUCCGAGAUGCAUGGCAUGCGCCAGGCGGAUUUAUCCGAAUACGUUAUCCCUUGCAAGUAUUGCCAUAAAGAGCGAACAAAAUGUAUCUUUCGCCCCAGCAAGUCCUCGAUAGGUGGUGCCUGCGCGUCGUGCUACCUCAAGUCUACAAAGUGUACAGCUGCUGGCCAGCGAAUUGCACUCGGCGAUAACGUUCGUUUCCUGCAUCCCAAUGGUUUUAGAGGCACGAAACCGCAGUUGAGGGCCCCCGAGUUACAUGUCCGUGUAAAUCUCUUGCAAAAGCUCCUCGACAAGGGCGUUCUCAAGGAAUGGCCGGACUUUAUCGAUGAGGAUGGUCAAAUCAAUCAUAAGGACUUUGCGAAGGACCCGAAGUUCGAAGUCAGCGAGAUGACAUCCUUAUUCUUGAGAGUGCCUCCUUACUGUGCCUCGGAAUCAGAGUAUUUGGCGGCGUAUCCUCGCUGUCAUGAAGUUCAAGUCCCUGCCUUCGUCAAGCAAGAGAUCGUCGAUUCAGCCAUCGGGGGCGACGCAGAGCUGCUUGGCUUCAAUAAGAACGUACCCCAAGUCAAAUAUGACGAUGAUGACAUGAUCAACACGACGUACGGAGAGGCGGUCUGUAUACAAGGGGAGGCGGUCUCGCUGCAAGGGCAAGAGGCUUAUGCUGCGAAUGUCGAGUUUCAGGAUCAGGACAUGGAGGCGGCUCUGGAUAUGUUCGCGAAGUACACACUCUUCGAUGAGCCAGGGGAGACUGACGACACGCCAGUACGGCUCCUACCCCCCCUGUUGCAGGCUCGUGAAGUCCACGUGCAGGCCCUUGGUCAAUCACGGCAGAUCGUCGAGCAACCAUCGCAGUCAGUCCGGACGCUAUCGUCUACCGCUGAGAAGGCAUCGCAGACGGUCGGGACGCCAUCGUCUACCAUCGAGAAGGCUCUGCAAACCCUCGGAGCGCCAUCGAACGUCGUCGAGGAAGCAUCGCAAACUCUCGAGAUGCCAUCGUUGGUCGACGAGGACCCAGGGCAGGUUAGCCGAGCUAUCGAGAUGCGAGGGAGCAGCUUUGGCUCUGAAACGUCUAAGAAGGCUGGCUUCUUGUCUAUCCAGGCUGCGCCGGAACACACCGCGGAAUUGCCUGUCGCAUUCAGAUCUGUCCCCGCAGACGUAACACACAUUCGUGUUCAGGUGGACAACCUUGUGAGCAUCGUGUCCGAACUGUCUAAGCGCGUAUGCGACAUUCAGACUGCUCUCGGUUCAUCGGACUCGUCUCAUAGCGCAUCUUUUCGCCCUUCGACGGCUUCACAGACGACGAGUUCUGGUGACAUCCUGGAGUUCUCAGCACCUCGAAUCGCAGUCAACGGCCACGAGGCCCAGAUACUAGAGGCAGGCGCCACUACCGCCACAUCUGAGGCGCCGGUUGGUUCGACAUACUCAGUCAUGGCGACAAACCAUACUCGACCCGGUAACGCAUCCACAGGUGGUUUGCAUCCCGCGCCCGCUGUCAUGAACUCUCCUUCGGCCGGCUGCAGCAGCGAAUACACGUCUUCCUUCUCGAACGCCACCUCCACACCUUUCAUACUCCCUGGAAGCAGUCGAGAGUCUGAGUCCGAGGGUACGAACGCCCUUGAAGGCCUGGCGGCUCCUCCGAUAUCUCGAUCUGCGACGGCGCCCGACAUUGUGGACGAUAGCAAUCAACACGAAGUUGACACGAUCUCUUUCCACGCGCCGCAUCCAAUGCCCAGUUACUAUCUUGUGCGUAGGGAUAGACAGGGGUAUCGAGAUGGCUGUUCCUCGGCCGUUGACGCCGGCCGCGCACUCUAUUCUAGUGUAGAAACGGCGGACGACGGGCCUCACCAGGUCGGGCUAGGAAUCAGCGAUGACCUUGAGUCUGCCGGGCCUCUUCUUGCGCUCUCCGCAUCCGAUAACGUGGUCACUUCUCAAGCUUCGCACCUGCCGCCUUAUAGCUCUCGUGCUUCGGAGACAUCAUUACAGCCGAGAAGGACCGUCGACUUCCUCACACUCGAAAAAGAGAUAGCACGAACAUCUGCAUCCAAUGAGACGACGCGAUACAUACACCGAGUGACGCCCACGACCCCAUACAUGCCCAAAAUUAUCGAAGCACAGGUGGAAGAGGGUGGGGUUGAGAGCGAGGACCUCUCUAGUCAUAUCGAGGGUCUGACGUCAGGCGCGCGAGGCACAAGCGUCAUAGGCGAAGAUUUGAAUGACGGCGAGCAUGGACGGAGAAGGGGAUAUGUGCAUGCAGAAGGAUGGGCAGGGGAGAACGCUGGAAUGGAGGCGAGGGCGGACCGCACGGCUCGCAAGAAGACCAAGGCGAAGAACCAGGAGAAACUAGAGGAUGUGAGGGAUGGGAGCGGGGAUCAAAGCCAGGACGACCCUGCUUAUCAAGGCAAGACAGCGUCAAAGAGGGAGAGCGCUACCUCGGCAAUCGCAGGGACGCUCCGUCUUACCAGAAGCAGGGCGUCGUCUAUUGCUAGACUUCACGAGAAUCACCCCGUCGCAGUUCCCACGCGCCUUACAAGGAGCAGAGCGUCAUCUGUUGAGACUGCGCAAGCCACAGGAGAGGGCGGAACCGCCUCGGUUUCCACGAGGAGCGGAACACCUUCCGAUGCGAAGCUGGUGGUCGAUGGUGGACCCCUUCAGUUCACUGACCGCAAGCGCAAGCGUGCGGGUGCCUCCAAGCCUGAGACCGAGCGCUUCGCCGGCCAGUCAGUUCCAGUGAAGAGGCAACGUAUGACCACGAAUCACGACUGA